AGAGAGGAGUCACUUUUGUAUGAUCCAACUGGGAAAACAACAUCAGCUUGGCGGCUACGAGGGAUCAUCAGCGUCAUUGCCCAUGAGCUUUCUCAUCAGUGGUUUGGCAACCUUGUCACACCCAAGUGGUGGACAGACCUUUGGCUAAAUGAAGGCUUUGCUACGUAUGUGAGCUACCUUGGUUCACAAGAGUCAAGAAAGAAUUGGAAAUGGAUGCAGAUGUUUAUCGUGUUCCAAGUCCAAGACGUGAUGAGGGUGGAUUCUUUGGAAAGUUCUCACCCAAUUUACCAAGAAGUCUUCAACCCAGAUCAAAUCGUGGAAAUUUUCGAUCGUAUAUCCUAUGGCAAAGGUGAGAUCAACCAGGAAGAAGACCAGGCCAGAGGUUCUACCAUCAUUUGGAUGAUGAACAACUUCUUGACUGAGGCAACUUUCAAGAAAGGCUUGAUUUCCUAUCUGAAAGACAAGAGCUUCAGGUUACGCCUUUGCCUUCUAAACACCUCCAUAAACCUGCACCGACGAGCUCGAUUCUUUUUCCAACAAAGCUCCAGGGACCAGAGUUCAGAGCAAUGGUUCAUCCCCAUCAACUUCAACGCUGCCAUUGGCGACUUCAAGAGAACCAGGGCCAGUCAUUGGCUCAGACCAAAUGCAACUCUUACACUCACUGACAAGGACCUGGCCGCAUCCAGUCUGGAUUCAUGGAUCCCUGAUCCUGCCAAAAAUAACUGGGUGAUUGUGAAUGCUCAAGAAACUGGGUAUUACCGCGUGAAUUAUGAUGCCACAAACUGGGCC